UAAAAAGUUGAGAUUGAAAUCCGGAAUGUUUUUUUAUAACUUUAAUGUUAAUUAUUAGUUUAAAUAACUUAAAGAAUGGAUACAAAUAGACUUUGUCGUUGCUGCUUAGCCCAAGGAGCCACCAGUGAUUUGAAUACAAGCUACAGCUGGUGUGAAAAAAAGGAAAUAUACUCGGAAAUGUUGCAGGAAUGCUUUAGUAUUGUUCUAAGGCCCAGUAUGCAAAGCAAUGGUAUUUGCGAUAUCUGCGUGAAGAAUCUUCAGGAUUCAUUCUACUUUAAGCGUCAAGUCCUCAAAGCUGAGCAGGCAUUUUUGGAGAGGCUCUGUUGUGAAGAUCAGCCUGUUUUAUUCAAGACGCAGGCCUCUGAAGAAAAAGAUGAAAAACCAAUUGUCAAGAUGGAACCAGAUCCGAGUGAGUCUGAUCACGACUCAGAUUACUUCGUUGACACCAUCAAAGAAGAACCACCAUCGUUGGACAACACAGACUCGCCGCCAGAGAUAGAGGUGCCGCGGCGGAAAACGAGAUCUAGAAGCCAAAAAAAAUCAGAAGAGAACCAUCGAAAAAUUGCUAAUUUUGUCACUAAAUUGGCUAUGAAUUCAGGCAUACUACCGAACAUCAACAAAGCACCAAAGCAAAGGAAAAUUAAUGUCAACAUGAGAGACCCAAUAGAAAUAGAGUGGAAAAGGAAAUCCGUCAUAGACAAACGAAAGCACAGAGAUAAUUUACUGACUAUAUUAAAAUACUCAAACGUCAUACCGUUCAGGAAUAAGUCCCUACGAGGUUUUAUAUGUGGUUACUGUGACGCCACAUACCCAGAUCCUAUAGACUUAAGGUCUCACACUCAAAAUGAACAUGAAAAAGAACGUUAUUCUUUCAAAUCCUCAUUUGACAUGACCGAAUACAAUGUUAAGUUGGAUAUAACCGACCUUGUAUGUACAAUAUGUUUAACACAGAUGGACAAUUUAACUAAAUUAAAGGACCACCUCGUUGAUAAUCACAAAAAAAUUGUCUACAAUGACAUAAAAGACCACAUUAUGCAGUUUAAAUUGAAAAAAGGUGACGUUUUUGAUUGUGUUAUGUGUCCAUCAACGUAUGAAACAUUCAAAAUGUUAAAGCAACAUAUGAACAAACAUUAUUGUAAUUACAGCUGUACAAAAUGCGAGAAUGCCUUUGCAACUAAAAGAUCUUUGAACGCACACCAAGCGUCACACCAAGACGGUAGCUUCAAGUGUGAUUUAUGUGAAAAAAUAUUCUCAAGUAAAACCAAGAAGCAUUAUCACGAGAAAACUAAGCAUAUGGGGACGAGGAACAUAAGCAAUUGUCCAUUCUGUGACGUCCCAUUCCGUUCCUACUACCAACGCAAUCAACACAUGGUUAAAGUACACAAUUCUGAAGCGCAAUACAAAUGUAACGUAUGCAACAAGGGUUACAUAUUAAAAUCUUUAUUAAUGUAUCACAUAAAGAAGAACCAUUUGAUGGAACGUAACUGUCAGUGUACGGAGUGCGGGCACAAGUUUUUCAGCAACAAAGCUUUGAAAGCUCACAUGGUGAAGCACACUGGGGAAAGGAAGUACUCGUGUGAAGUUUGCCACAAAUCCUACGCCAGGAAGUACACGCUGCGGGAACAUAUGCGUAUACACAAUAACGACAGGCGGUUUAAGUGUGAAGUGUGCGGUACAUCGUUUGUGCAAAAGUGCAGUUUGAAAAGUCAUCUGUUAUCGCACCAUGGUAUUUGCAUAGCUGCAAGUAAUAUCACUUCGAAGUCCUGAACUGAGACGUAAACAUUGAAAGUGUAUGUUUGUGCUUAUUUUUUGUAUCAAUGGAGCAAUGGCUCACUAUGAUUCUUUGUACUGUGGCACAUACUGUUAAAAUGUUAUAUGUGUAUUAAAUUAUGGCUGAACGUUUUUUGAUGAACUUAGGAAUAUAAUUUUAUCAUUAUUAUUUAACAAUGUAUUAUGUUAACAGCGUAUUAUUGUUCAACAAUAAUGAUAAAUUUAUAUUCCAACAAAAUUCAAAUUUCAGUUGAACAGUUGAACUUUGUCUUUAAAUGCAAUAAGUAUAGGCCACGCCAUUAAAGAAUUGAUAUAUAAAAGGCAUUCAUGCCAUAUUACACAUAUAUCACAUAUUAUUGUGUGAAGUAAAAAGCAAUACCGAAAAAACUGCUUAUAUUAAAAAUGUGAAAAUUGUUAUUGUUUGUCUGUGUAUUUGGAUCUAACACAGAAUUUUCACAGGUAAACUGUCCACAUACGAACCAUCACAUAGCUCUGUUGCUCCGUUGCUGCUUGAAAUCUGGAAAAGAUAUCAAACUAUUAUAAAUAUUUAUAUAUAUAUAUAUAU